CGAAUGCCGAACCCCUUCGCAUUAUCGCCUCUAAUAGAUAUCAGAGCUUUCUUAAUCCCGACCCAAAGUGUCCCAUUUCGAAUGAUAUUUUUUUCGUUUCCUUUAUUAUCAGGGUACCCCCGUGGCCUAAUUGAAGAAUUUCUUUUACUUUUUUUCUUAUCUUCAAUUCUCGUUGAGCCCCUCUUCGCGGUGCAAAGUGCGCGUAGUUCUAUUAUAUCAUACUAUACUCGUUGUUUCUUUGUUCUCGAGUAUAACGAACUAUACCUUUGUUUGUAAUUUAUAAGGCAACCCUUCUACUUGCCUCUCUGACCGCCACCACAACAAAGCAAUCAUAAUCCAUUUGGUGACAAGCAUAUUAUUUUGAUAUUUGUUGUGGUCAAAUAUCCCAUUAUUGCUUGAAUAAUGGACGAGGUCGAUCGCGAGCUCUUCCGAGCUGAAGAGGAUGCCUUACGGCAUGUCUCUCCUACUGCAUCUAGGGCUAACCCCGAGCAUCCCUACCGCCGUGCCAGUAAUGAAGUCGAACGAGUUGUUUCGGCGUCGUCUAUAUCGACGACUUCCAGUGACGAUGGUAUGGCGCAUAGAAACCAGGGCGGUAUGAGCCGUAUUCCCACACAACGAGACCUCGAACGACAUCCUACCGAACUUAGCCGUAUUAAUACCGCCCGAAGCCAACACAGUGCUACCGUUGGACGAAGCCUUAGGAACCGUGAGUCGAGAAAACCGUUACCUGCCUUCGGAGCCGGGAAGCCCUUCCCGCCCCCUUUACCCAACCAAGAAGAAUAUGUUGUCGAAUUUGAUGGCCCUAAUGAUCCUUAUCACGCCCAGAACUGGUCGCUUAAAAAGAAGUUAUUCACAGCCGCUAUGCUCGGUUACACCACAAUGACUUCUGCUUUCGCCUCCAGUAUUUUCUCAGCCGCAACACCAUAUGUGGCUAAGGAAUUCGGCGUCAGCUCCGAAGUUGGUAUAUUAGGUGUUUCUUUGUUCGUGAUCGGUUUUGCAACCGGCCCGACAUUCUGGGCGCCGCUAUCCGAGUUAAAGGGGCGACGUUUGCCGAUAGUCAUAGCUAUGUUCGGAUUUUCGGCUUUCUCUGUUGCUUGCGCAACGGCCAAGGAUUUACAGACACUCCUUAUCUGCCGAUUCUUUGCCGGUUUCUGCGGUGCUUGCCCACUGGCUGUCGUUGCUGCCGUCUUCUCAGACAUGUUUAACAAUGCCACUCGAGGUGUCGCUAUUACCCUUUUCUCCAUGGCUGUCUUUACUGGUCCCUUGCUAGCUCCUUUCGUGGGAGGUUUCAUUGUGACGUCUUAUCUCGGAUGGCGCUGGACCAUGUAUGUCGCGAGUAUCAUGGGUUGGGUGGCGUUCGCCCUUGAUCUAUUUUUCUUGUCCGAGACUUACCCUCCUGUGAUCUUGAUCGAAAAGGCGGCCGAGUUACGUCGUCGUACUAAGAAUUGGGGUAUCCACGCCAAGCAGGAAGAAAUUGAAGUCGACUUCAAAGAGCUGAUCCAGAAGAACUUUACUCGUCCCAUGCGACUUCUGUUCGGCGAGCCAAUUGUCACACUACUUUCGAUCUACAUGGCUUUCAUUUACGGACUGCUUUAUCUCUUCCUGACGGCGUAUCCUUUUGUUUUCCAAGGAAUACAUCACUUCAACUCUGGUCAGUCUGGUCUGGCCUUCUUCGGCAUGAUUAUCGGUCAACUCAUAGCAGGUAUCGUAGUGCUGCUCGACCAGCCUUCAUACCAACGUAAGCUGGCUGCCAACAAUGGCAUACCUAUCCCCGAAUGGCGUCUCCCCAUUGUUAUCGCUGGUGGCGUUUCGUUCACUGGCGGUAUCUUCUGGUUUGGAUGGUCAGGUUACCGAUCAGACAUCCACUGGAUUGUCCCUGCCGCUUCGGGUAUCCUAACCGGUUUUGGUCUUAUGGGUAUCUUCCUUCAGGCUCUUAACUACCUUGUUGAUGCCUAUCUUAUGUUCGCCGCCUCGGCUAUUGCAGGCAACACGUUCCUCCGAUCUCUCUGCGGUGCCGGGUUCCCCCUAUUUGCGACAUAUAUGUUCAAUGGGCUUGGAAUUCAAUGGGCGGCUACGUUGCUAGGCUGCGUAGCUGCUCUGCUGGUACCUAUUCCAGUCAUGUUCUACCUUUACGGUCACAAGAUCCGUGCCAAGAGCAAGUUCGCCCCAUCACUUCCCGGAAACACACCGGGCAGUGCCUCCAACUCUAGCAACGACACGGCAGUCGACGGAGAGACGACAGAUCACGCUGCCGCGUCGAAUGCCCCGAAGACUAAUGUCGAGACCGAAAAGGCCUAGGUGCGCGUUUUUUAUUAAUUAAUAUACCCGGGAUUUAUUAUAAAGGAAUCAAAAAUACCGGGCGGAUUAUACGGCUGGGUUUAGACUUAUAUAUGUUACGGAUGGAUGCGUUAUGAACGACGCAAUUUAGCUAUGCCAAUACCAAUAGAUGAUAGAUAACUUGUAAAUACUUUCAAGUAGUAUAUAGCUACUAUUACCACUACUACUAUUACGACUAUAACUCGUUACGAGUAAUAAUUCCACAAACCAUCAAUACUCUUAAUAAUU